AUGGCGCACCACUACAAUCUGCUGCAUCUACACAAGUUCAACUUCAACGCCGUCAUGGAGGCGACGACGGACGAGACGAAGGCCGACACUUGGGCCAUGGACGUGGGGCUCUUAGCGAAGGCCAUGCUCCGCCCUCAGUGCACCCGCCCCAUGCGCCUCAACAACCACGAGUUCACCAAGAUGAUGCUCACCCUCCCGCAAGCCGUUCGCCUCAUCUUCGCGUGGUGCAUGCGGAUCCCGCAGACCCAAGCUGCCCACAUGGCAAAGAUCAGCGAGAACACGGUGUCGGACUGGUACGCUGCGUGCCGCGCCCUGUGCUCAAAGGAGCUGUUGGAUGGCGAGUUUAUUAUCGGUGGUGACGGUCUCAUCGUUGUGAUCGACGAGACCAGCCUCAAGAAGAAGUCGAAGUACGGGCGCGGCCGCUACUACAAGGAGUUCUGGCUGUUCGGGAGCGUGGAUAGGGCCACUGGUCAAUGGUUCGGCCGGACCGCGUUCGACAAGCGCACGAAGGCAACCCUGUUGCCCAUUAUUAAGAGGUUUAUCAAGCCCCGCCGUUUUCCCAAUCCUGUUUUUUUUUAA